AUGGACGCUGACUAUGCAACUGUCAGGCAGUUUCUCGAGAUCGGAUGUGGUUGCAAGAAUAAGUGUACUGUUAAUUUUGAAAUUGGCCAGGUAUACCAUCAUAUAUUGAACAUGAGAGAAUUGACAAAGGCAGAGAAGGAUAUUAUUGUCAUGAGUAAUCUUAAGUGUGGAAAUGACCUGACUACAAAACGAGGGAAGCCAAGGAAACGUUCGAUGGUUUCAUACAAUGCAUUCCAAAAGCCAGUUUGCAAGAAAACGUUUAUGCUGGUUAAUGACAUUGGUAGAUCAGCUUUAGAAAAUCUUGUAGACCAUUAUAAGCAGAAUGGUCCAUUGCCAAGAAAGCAUGGAAACGUAGGAAAGAAACCAUCACAAGCCGUCAUUUAUGAUGAUGUAAAACGCGUGGUUGAAUUUUUGCAAAAUUAUGCGGACACGUAUGGUAUCCCCCAACCAGCAGCUCCCAGAGGAAGCGACAAUACUCCUCCAAUUUAUCUUGACAGUGGUAAAACAAAACUAACCAUUCAUAAAGAGUAUAUAGAAAGUUGUCGCGAGGCUGGGGUUAGAUCUUUACAGCGAACUGCUUUCUGUGAAAUUUGGAAAAGCUGUCUGUGUCACAUUAGAAUAGCUUCGCCUAGGGAUGAUGUUUGCGCAACAUGUGAAGGCCACAGAAAGAACAUUAUGAAGGCAAUAGAAGAGAGUGAAAAGUUAGAGGCUGCCGAAAACUUCAAACAACAUGUGAUAAAUGCCCAAAAAGAAAGAGAACUUUAUAAUGACUGUGUAAAGCGUGCCAAGGAAACAUGCAUAUUAAGUUCUGAUAAAAGAACAAACCACUAUACUUUUGAUUUUAGUCAAAAUGUAUCCAUUCCUCACUUCUCGCGGCGAAUGGGGCCAAUUUAUUUCAUGUCCCUUCGCAAAGUACAGAUUUUUGGUGUACGGAUAGAUGGACUGCCUAAACAGCUCAAUUUUUUGAUUGAUGAAAGUGAAACUAUGGGCAUAGAUGGUACCCAAACACACGGACCCAAUGCUGUCAUCUCGAUGCUGGAUAUGGUGCUAGACACCCACGGGCGUGGUGAAUCGACAUGCUCCAUCCAUGCGGAUAAUUGUCCAGCUCAGAACAAGAACCGCUACCUCAUUGGCUAUUUCACAUGGCGUGUGAUGACCGGCAGACAUGACGUGAUAGAAUACCACAUGCAAAUACCAGGACAUGCCAGGUGUCUGGUUGACAGUGGAUUUGGGCAUUUAAAGAAACUUUACAGGAGGUCGAACAUUGAGACAAUGGACUCAUUGACCCAGAUGGUGAAUAUGUCCUCAGCAUCCAAUGAAGCAGUGAGGUAUCCGGCAUGGAACUGGCGGGAUUGGAAAGGGUUUUUGUCCCGACUGUUUUGUCCUGUACCAGCGAUAAGACAAUAUCAGUACUUCCGCAUGACGACGGAAGAGCCAGGUGUGGUCACAAUGCGCACGAGAGUCGGAUGUCCAGAGGUCAAGGUUACAGUGACUAUUGAUGGCGUCCAUAUUCCAUACCAACAACCGCAGAUUGUAGAGGCCAAAGCACUCAGCCGAAACAGACAGGAGUACUUGUACAAAGUUGUCAGGCCAUAUCUCAGCGAUGCUAACAAGGAUGCUACUUGCCCUUGCCCAGAAACAUCACUAUAG